AUGAGGAAACUAGUGAUGAUUGCUGGUGAUAUCGCAGUGCAGUUCGGUGACACGUUCAAGCCGUGCGGCGAUGGACCGAAUCAAAUGAUGCUGCUGGACCUCUCGGACAUGCAAGCCCUCCGAGAUGACAACGAUAGUAUGCUGAUCAACGGCAAGGUGAAGCUGACCAAGUCGCUCGAAAGUCCCGUGGAGGUCAACGUCUACACCAAACGGUUAGAGCAGGGUGAAUGGAACGACGCCGUCUUGGGUCGUAAGGUCCUGGACAUCUGCCCGCUGCUGCAGGUUAGCACGGAACCAUGGUUCGUCAUCACCAGCAUGAUGGCUACCAAGGAGUGUCCUUUUCCGGCCGGGCACGAAGAAAUGUUCAACAUGCUACCGGUCAGCGGCUUUGGGUUUGAGAUACCGCCGGACUUUAUCGGCGAAUGGAAGGCGUUCUUCGAGGUCACCUCGAAGGGUGAGACUACGUGCAUGAUGGCGGAUUUCUCCGUCGUCGAGUUGUAG